AUGGCUAACAAUCCGGCAGAUAAGCAAAGCGUGCCUUCUCAUUCGAAUGCAAUGCCAAGUCCUACAUCAGGGAUUAACAUGAACUACAUGCCUGUUCGACCACAGCCAUUCACCUCACCUCCGCAUACUUUCUCACCAUUCCCACCAUGGGAUGGUAAUUAUGGUGGGAUGACACAGCCGCCAAUGUCAUACAUGAGCUUGUUAGGCAGUCCACAAGGUUUGAUGUUUCCCACAGCCAGUUCUCAAAGUAGUGGACCUAAUCAAUUUUCACCAAACACCGGUGAUUCAGUUGGAAAGGAUAUUCAUGACGUUGAUGGUGCGGAGCACACUUCGCCAUUGAAAAGAGGGAAAAGAUUAGCACACAAAAAAAAAGUUCCGUGUACCAGGUUGAACUCAAGAGGCGUGGCUAAUAAGUUUUGGCUUCCAGAGCACGAUGAUGUGCUUAUUCCUUAUCUUGCAGAUUUAGCAUUGGAUGGCAUGAAGCCAGACAAGAACUUCAAGGCUGAAGCUUAUAAAAUGGCUGCCAUGAAAAUCAACAUGCAAUUCAGGACUGAUUUCACUCACCUGCAUGUCAUUAACCACUUGAAAUGUUUGCGGAACAAAUUCAAUGACAUGAAAGCUUGCCUUGAUAUAAGUGGUGCUGGGUGGGAUGAAACAAGUAAAAUGAUUACAUUGGAUGAGGAAACCUUGAAAUCUUGGGCCCAGGACAAAUCCAAUUCUAAGUACAAAGCAUACAUAAACAAACCCCUUCCUCACUUCAAAAAUUUACAAGUUAUCAUGGGUGAUGAUCAAGCCAAGGGUGAUUUUGUUAGACCCGUGUACGCUAACAUUGGGUCUAGUAGGUCCAUACCUAUUCCCGAUGAUGAUUGCGAGAUUCUAGAGGAGAGUGAAACUGAACCACAGUCUGAUGCUUGCAACCAACCACGUUCUGGUGCUGUUAACCAACCACAACCCACUAGAUAUAAGACUAAGAGUAAAGACAACAUGACUUCAUCAUCUAACAAAAAAACCAGAAAAUCUAAUCGUGAAGAGGAAAUGCUAUGUGCCUUUGUUGAGUCCAUGUCUCAGUCAAUGAGAAAUCAACACGUUAUACACUGGACUGAGCAGUUGGCCACAGCGUUGAAGGAACAUAGGUCUGAAUAUUCCGAGGAGUUCCUCGAUAGGGUUUUAGACCAUUUAUAUGACAAUGAACGUGAAGCUAGGAGGUUUUUCAUAAAAUCCAAGGAAAACAGAGGUAAGCUUUCUGCAGCUCAUGCUGCUGCUGCUGUUUGGGUGAGCUCAUGUUUUGAGCUUUCUGCAACUCAUGCUGCUGCUGGUUGCUGCAGUUGCUGCUGCUGGUUGCUUUGUGCAGCAUUUGCUGCUGCUGGUUGCUGGUUUUUGCCUGUUUUGAGUUUUCUGCAGCAGUUGCUACUGCUGGUUGCUUUGUGCAGCAUUUGCUGCUGUUGGUUGCUUUGUGCAGCAUUUGCUGCUGCUGCUCUUUCUGCAGCUCAUGCUGCUGCCUUUGUUUGUGCAGCAUUUGCUGCUGCUGCUGAUGAGGCAAUAUUUGAGAUGAGAUUGCAGCCUACAUUGAAUUGGCAAUGUCUAGGCGAGCAAAUUGAAGACAAUGGGGAUUUUAUAAAUGCUGAAAUUGAGAAUGUUUGGAAUAAUUGUGAGGCCUCAAGGCGCUGCACCGAGAAUACUCGGUCGGACCCGAGCUCCUCCGUCUCCACCGGCGAUCACUUCGCCGUGAAAUCCAUCAACAAGCUCCUCAUCUCCGACCCCUUCGACCUCUCUUGCAUCGCCGCCGAGCCCAAACUCACCCUCCUCGCCUCCAGUGGGCCCCACACUGUCAACCUCCACGCCGUGUAUGAGGACUCUGCAUCCCUCCACCUUGUCCUCGACCUCUGCUCCGGCCCUGAUCUCCUCGGCCUCCUCUGUGACCGGGCCCCGCUCUCCGAAGCAGAAGCCGCCUCAAUCCUCGCCUCCAUAAUGCAGGCCCUCGCCUGCUGUCACGUGCGAGGGCUCGCACACAGAGACUUGAAGCCUGAAAACAUACUUUUUGAUAAUAAUAGUGCGGGUCGGCCCAAACUAUCCGAUUUCGGCUCUGCAGGCUUAUUCAGCAUCGAUAAGAAAAUGUCGGGUUUGGUGGGGACUGCGCAUUACGUGGCGCCGGAGGUAGUGAGGGGGGAGGAGUACGGGGAGAGGGUCGACGUGUGGAGUGCCGGGGUUCUGUUGUACGUGAUGCUCAGUGGGGUCUAUCCGUUCGGGGGUGAGGACGUGAGCGAGGUUUUCGGUGCGGUUUUGAGGGGGAAUUUGAGGUUUCCGACGGGUAUUUUUGGCGGGGUUUCGAAGGAGGCGAAGGAUCUGAUGAGGAAGAUGGUGUGCAGAGAUCCAGUGAGGAGGCUGUCGGCGGAGGCAGUGCUCCGGCAUCCCUGGAUCAAGAGUGGUGGUGGAGUGAAAGAGCUUUGAAGAUGAGGCCGAUGAGUGUUUUUGUUUUUUGUUUUUUAGG